GGUGGGGGGGGGGGGGUGGAGGAGGAGAGAAUGAGAAAACAAAAAUAAGUUGAGAACUUGUGAGCAAGUGAAAGUGCAACAUCAAAUGUCAAGGUGUGUAGUCGAGUGUGGUAGAGGCAGGUAAAGCGUCGACACAAUAUAUACUUCUGACGGAACAGCGAAAUGCUAUGUUGCUAAGGUACGAAGUCUGCAUUAGGAUUUUUUUUACCCUGUAAUUUUUCCCCAAUAAGAUAAAUUGUUGAGCAACGUAGUUAGAAUGUGAAAGGACAAUCUGUUGGCACAAGGUUACAACAUGAAGAGAUCUGUGGAGUUUCUGUCAGGCUGAAGGGAAGCCACAUAAAGUCACAGCUACUUUGAAAACAGCCAUAUAGGGCCUAUUAACAUCUGGGAUGAUGAGGGGAUUGGAAGAUCAGGAUAAGAAGGAUGACUCUCACAGAGGUGUGAGUGGCACGGUGAGGACAGAGAAUGAGGUUACUGAUGGAGUUUCAAGGAGGACCCUGACCCUGCUAGACAGGUUGCGACUGUGUCAGGAUGCCUGGGCCCCAGGGGGCCCCUGGGAUAGAGACGGUGCCCAUGCUGCCCUCUGGGGCCGGCCUGCUGGGAGCUUCCUGGUGUUGAGGGACUCUGCCUCCCAGCCCGUCCUGCUGUGUGUGGUCACUGGAGGAGAGAGUGGACACGUCAGAGACAACCCCAUACAACGCACUGGUGCAGCUUAUCAGCUAUCUCAGUCAUUUUUAGGCUUCUCUGAUCUGGCCCAGUUAGUGCUCUUCUACUCUCUGAGCAGGGACGUGUUGCCAGUGUGUCUGUUCAUCCCUCCGUGGCUCUACAGUCUAACAGAUCAGCCACAGUCCAACAGUCUGUCCCAGCUGGGUCCCAAAUCCUGGCUGUGUCCCACCUCUGACCUCCAGCCUGAUCACAUGACUCAGAGGGCUACUGGUACUGCCAUGUGCACCAUACAGCUGACAGCAGCCAAUGGUGCUCUGUGCAUCAUCAACCCACUCUAUCUCCAUGAGCAUGGCGAUGACUGGCUGACCCAUCAACCAACCAGCCCACAGCGAGUUAAUCGGCCAGCGAAUUAUAGGCGUGAGAGACGACUGAGUACAACAAGACCUUGGUCAGGGGCGGGCCUUCUUACUAAGAGAGCUAUCUCAAUGGAGCAGGAGUCCUACAGCUCCAGGUCUGAUAAUCCAGGGUCUCCUGUAGUCCAGGCUACCCCGUCUCCCCCCACCCCAACAGGAGGGGUGGUUCUGAGGAGGCCCAGUAGGGAUGCUUCCAUUGAGUCACUCGAUAGAACAUGGACCCAGGACCGCACUACCAACCCCAGGCCCCCCUCAGACCCCAAGCCCCUGUUCAGCCCUGCCCCUCAGUCCCCUCACAGGGUGUCCUGGGUUGAGGACAGGGUAUGGCUCUCCAAACCGCCACCCCCCUCCCUCCUCCGCCCCCCCUCCCUGGAGAUGGACUCGCUGUCAAUCAGCAGCAUGGAGGAGGAGCCGGAGUCGGUCACCAGCCCCUCCCACUCCCCCCACCCCUCGCAUCGUUUGGCCGACAAGGUGAAACACCGCCUCUCGGCUGUGGGCCUGGCCAUUGGUGGGCUGGGGUGUCCACAGAAGAGGAUGACCAAGCGGGUGCAGGAGCUCAGCAAGCGGAGGGGUGGUUUGUUUGCCGAGGCAGUGAUGGGAUUCGUUGAGAUGACCCUGGGGGCUGGGUUUACCCCUGGAAUGACAGGUGCGGACCUGCUUCAGGAGGUGCGUACGGCUCUCACUGCCCUGAGAGAGACACUGCUGGACUGUCCUGAGAUACACAUCCUCAUAGACAGUAUGGCGGACACACCCGACGGGGAGCUGGAUGCCAUACUGGAGCUCUCCCUACACAAGGUGGCCCUAAAGCCUGUGAGCGCCCACCUGUACACCUGCCUCCAGAGCUGUUGGGACCAUGACGGUAGCCUGCGGAAGCUGAGGGAGAACCAGCGGCUCCUGGAGGGCCGGGGGGUGGAGGAGCUGGAAGGGACGCCUGGGGCGGGGGUCCCUGACCCUGUCACCCUGGAGAAGAUCCAGCAGAGGUGGUCAGCCAUGCACCAGUCCUACUCCCCCAGCAGGAAGGUCCAUAUCCUGCUCAAGGUCUGCAAGACCAUCUACCACAGCAUGACGGCCAAUGCCAACCCAGGUGUGGUGUAUGGGGCUGAUGACUUCCUGCCGUGUCUGACCUGGGUGCUUCUGCGUAGUGAUGUGGUCACUCUGCAGCUGGACACUAACUACAUGAUGGAGCUACUGGACCCCACACAGCUGCAGGGAGAGGGAGGUUACUACUUGACGUCCCUGUAUGCCUCUCUCUUCUACAUCAGCAGCUUCCGCCCUCGUCUCGCCACGCGCCAGCUCAGCACCGAGGCCCAGCAAUCGCUGAGCCAAUGGCAUCGCAGGCGCACCCUGCACUGCAACCAGUCACGACGCAGCACAAAUCGGAGGACCCUCCGGAGACCUGGGCACAGUGAGAAGUUAUGUUAUGCAGAGACUGAAACUGGCACAGGAACUGUAACUGGCGCCCUACCGGCGCCCUCUAGUGUUGUGGCCAAGGCACUGCACAUAAUCUCAGAGGUGGUGGUAGCUGAGGAAGAGGGUAGCAGAGCAGAGAGCCAAGGAUCCCCAGCUGCACAACUCCAGGCCUCGCCUCGGAAGGAGAAAGAGAUUACAGUAGAAGAGUUGGACGGACAUCCAGCCGGGAGUGAAGUGGACUUGGAGGGAGGGGUCAGACCAUGGAGGUGUGUUUUGGAGAGUGAGGAAGGGCAGGUUAGUCACAGGGUCCAUGAGGAACUCUGUGCCAGGUCAGUGGAGCUAGAUGACCAGACAGACACACAGAUAGGUCAGCAGAGGUCAGAGUGGACUGGGCUGCCAUUGGGAGACUGAUGACCCAGAGGAGCCAGUCUGUCUAGAACCCUGGGCUUUGCCGCAAGCACUUAGCUGGCAAACGUAAUGUAAACGUGUUAAGCAAAACAUUUAUUUUACAACUCCUGGUUUCAGUUGCAUUGAAAUACACCCAAUAAGACAAAGAUAAUGGUCUGACUAGGUUGAAUUUGGGUCAUUUGAAAUAUUAUGUGCUUUAAAUUGUUUGUAGAAGAUAUUUCCCAUGAGUGUUGCAAAUUGUGACGUUUGUAAUAUUUUAAUUGACAUUCCUUAGAGAAAUUACUCUGUGGGGCCAAUUAAAUGGUCAAUUUGGGGCAAAUGAUGGAGGCUAGGCCAUCAGCAGGCUGGCUCCAUGGUUAGAACACUGUUGAUGUAUUUUACAUGUUGACCACUAGGUUGCAGUACCACACCUUUUUUGUCUGUUUCGUCUUGGUUUUAGUAGUCAAGCAUGAUAACAGUGGAGCGCAUAAGGAUGUUGAGAAAGGGAGAGAAAUGUGUUGAGAUGCCUGAAAUAACAUCUAUAACGAAAUUACUGUUGAUCUGUAUUAUGUUGUGUGUAAUAUGCACUCUGAUUUUAACUUGUCAUUCUAUUAUUUUAAUCUACAUUAUUUGACCAUGCAUUAGAAUGCUGUAAUCCGGCAGACUGCAGACAGCAUUAUAGACAUCUGCACAGUAGAAUACUUUGAUGCUAAAGAGUGAACAGUGGCGCAGACAGGUCCUUAUUUAUACAAGCACAUGUAUUACAGACACAUGGUACCACUACCAUAGACAAAGUCACACAAACAAGCGCGCACACACGGACCUACUGUAAUAUAUACACACUUAUAUGCAAAUGAACGCACGCACACGUGCCCUCCCAUACAUUCAUACAUAUGGAAGCGCCUCAUUCAGAAUUUUAAAUUAGAAACCCAAUCAAAUUUGCCUAAUGAGACAUCUGGCAUUCUGCCUGCAUUUCGAUCUUUUAACCAGGUCUAAGAAACAUCUGGGCUCUUCAUCAGCCCAGUCAAACCUGAUGGGAGCGAGACUUAACAUCUACUACACACACCUCUUACAUAUAUGAUCACGUGAUGUAUUAUGCAUACAUGGGACUACAUUACACAUUCAUUCCAGCCAUAAAUUAGAUAUAUGGCGGUGGCGAGCGCACAGAUGGCAGACGCCUGGGGCAUUUAAAGCUAGGAUUCGCUAGCUAGCUGCAGCUAAACGUAGGAGCCGUCCUGCUGCAGAGAGAGAGAAAGAGAGAAAAGGAUGGUCACACAAAGAUACCCACUCACAUACGCAACGUGCAUGCACAUCCAAGCACAAGGCAACACCAGGACAAUAUACAGACACACACAUACUGAAAAACAUGAAUAUUCACACUAACAGUAUAUCACAAUCACCUGUUCGUCACGCUAAAUGUAUACCAGUAUCAGUGUGCCUGGUGUGUGUUCCCCCUCCCCCUUGAUUGACAGACAUCUAACGAGCAGCUGCUGUAAUGGGCCUGGCAGCCUCUCCUAAUAGUGAUAAAUAGAUGAGAGGCAUUUGUGAAUCAAGACCAAACACUUUUCAAUCAAUUAUUCACAACAUUACUCCAAUUUAUGCAUCAUCAGGCUGCUACACAUCCCGGUUGUUCCCAGGCUGGAAACAGUGUUUAAACUCGGUGGUAAAUGACAGUAGGCGCUACAAACUCUGGUUUUCCUCUUCGGCUGACAGAUAAUAUGGUUCCUUUUUUUCAUCGCGUCCUGCAUGAGUUUUAAUGAAAACUUAUGAAAGUGAGUGGAGCGUCAUCGUACGUUCCUGACCUGUCUGCUCUGACUAUGGUCGUUCCAUAUGGGACAUCACGUCACCGAGCUGCUCAGUCUGUCACUGUCUCUCUGGCCUUCACUCUUAUUUUGUUUGUCCCAUUGUCCUAUUCUGCUCUUUCAUUCGUUGUCACAAACCGCUUCCCUUUGUUGAGGCAUUGUAGUUGGACACUUUUCCUCUAGCGUUCUCUUUCUCCUCCUCCCUUUGCGCUGCUCUCUCCCACUUGUCUGAACUCUGACAGGUGUGUAAUUGAAUGAUUAAUGAUAAAACAGAGGCCCUCCUCCACACACAAACACAAACACACGUGCGCGCACACACAUUCAGCAUUUUGCAUUCCGCUUAAAAACCAACCACAUACACACAGACAUCUAAACUUCUAUUUUCUUACCAAUAGUUUAUUUGUUCGUCUUUUCGUGCACAUUUUCAUUCAUUCAGAACUGAUGGCUAUAUCAUUCAGAGUAUGCAUAGGUUUCUUUCUCAAAACACAAUCCUCAAAGCAUUUAUGUAACACAAAUCAUCUGUAACACACGUCUGCCAAAAUCAUGCUGUGAUUCACUAUAUUUGUACAAUUUUGUCACAAAUAUUGAAGACAUCUGGGUUAGGUUUCAGUUAUAUUGACAAAGCUGUAUGCCCCCAAAAUGUGUGUUUAUAAUAUUUCCUCCUGCUCUAGCCUUCGAGUUCCUCCAGUUUAAGGUUAUUUCAUUAUUAAGAUAGACUUCGUUGUCAUAAUGACUUCACACUAUACGUUUCCCUCACUGAGCUCUGUGGCUGUACACACUGUUCUCUCUCCCUUCUCUUUCCCAGUAUUGGCACAUUUAUGCAAUGCAAUUUCCACUAGCUAAUGGAUUUUGUGUUUGUGUGAGGCUACGGACUCUAGCUAUCAAAAGCAAUCAUAAAGUGAAAACAGUAUGAAUAGCAUCUCACUGCUGCUGUCUGUCUGUUGGCUCCGAGAUCUCCUUCAGACUAUCAUACAGUCAAUUAUUUUCUUUAUGGGACCAUAGUGUUUAAAUAAUAAUAAUAAUACAUUUUAUUUUAAGUGCUUUUCAAGCUCCAUAGUCAAGAUAAUAAGAAAAAGGAACACAUUCAUAAAUGAACUCAUGCAUAUGGUCAGGAAGCUCGAUGUGAACAAUAGACCUGCAGUGCAACAGAUUAUGAACCAACUGUGUGUCCACGGAUUGGGGACAACAUUUACAGCUGGACAUGACUAGCAUUUCUGGAGGGUAGCGUGACAAGAUGGACAAGGCGAAUGAGUGUGUGGACAGGAAAAUAAGUGAUGGGACUUAGGGUCAGCCCUAAGGGUCAGAAAGCCAGGCCAUUUCCUGCUGACCCUUGUAUGAACUCUGACCCCUGCUGCAGGCUGCAUCUAUCACAUGACAGGAGUGAGGUGGGGAUUGAAUGGAUGGCCGGGUGGAGGAGCGGGGUUUAGGCCAGGCCAAAUGCAUUUGAAUUGUGUUUGACAUUUAAUGAGUAAUCACUUUGGCUUGGAUUUGAACCUUGUUGCACAUGGCCCUGCAGAUGGGAGGAGGUAUGAAGUGAAUGAGGAAGGAAUGUGGAAAGACAGAGAAAAUGAGGAGUAAAAAACAAACAAAGAACUAAACUAAAGGAGAGGGGGAGAGAGGCCAGGGAGGAUGCUAGGCUAGUAGAGAAACAAGAAGAGAAGGUGAUACAAUGCUGCUGCAAACAUCAGUUGAAAAUGAGCCAAAUAGCAUACAGUGACAACAUGUGAUUGUACCAGGAAAAUAGGACUAUUUUCAAGAUGACCUAAUACCGAUUUGUGUAUUUCACUACUGUGUAUACCUUUCACAUCUAACUGCAAAUAAUUAGAGGGCAAACUCAAAUAAUAAGUAAUUCACACAUUUUUACAAAAGAAAGCUUUUAAUACUAUAAGUAUAAUCAUAAC